AUGGGCCCCUAUGUACCCCCGGGCCAGUCACCACCAUUCGAAGUAGUCGACGAUUUCCACCAUGGCGCCUGGAUCAUCAUAACAGCGGCGCUGGGCCUGGUGGUCUCACUAGUCUGCUGCUUGAUCCGAUUAUACGUCCGCUUAAUGCUGAUGCCCCCGUUCGCGCGCGACGAUGUUGUCCUUUUGGGCGCAACGGGAAUCGGUAUUAUCCAAUCAAUCCUGGUCUUCUACGCGUGCUCCCGCGGCUUGGGUACUUCGCUCUCUCUACUAAAUGAAUCGCGACUUGUUCAGAUCCAAACAGUAUUUGCGACAAGUGACGUGUUUGCGCUGGUAGUGAUCUAUCUCUCGAAAUGCUGCGUCGUCACUAUUUACCUUCGCCUUACACCUCAGAAACCGCAUAAUUGGGCUUCGUGGGCGACGCUUGCUUUGUGUACCGCUUGGCUUAUACCUGCUGCUUUUAUCCUGCUGGUUGACUGUGAGCUCAAUCAGCCGUGGAGGGUACAGGGUGGACAAUGUCGGAAUUUAUACAAAAGGUGGCAGUUUAUAGCCGCCGUGGAUAUCAUCACGGAGAUAAUUCUCUUCUCGCUGGCCGUCGCCCUUCUCAAGGGGCUAUUCAUGUCUGUUAAGCGCAAGCUUGGAAUCGGCUUUGCGUUUAUAUUCCGAUUCCCUUUAAUCGUAUUCGCCCUCCUCCACAUGUCAACCCUCCACUCCUCCCUCGCCGACAACGACGUCACCCUCGCAGCCGUCAAACCCGCCCUCUGGCUCCAAGUCCAGCUCCACUACGCCCUCGUCGCCUGCAGCGUCUUCUGCCUCCGACCCUUCAUGGCAGCCGUCAGCACCAACUACGGGACAGCGGGCGACUCGAAUCUCGAGAGCAGCGCAUCUGCCUCGCGCUCAAGGGGCACGAAAGAGAGUUCGAAGUCUGGAUCAGGCUCUGGCUCAAAUGCAGACUCUAGGUCGCGGUCUUUGUCGCGCGUGAGGAGGAAGAGGGCCGGAACAGGGGCCGGGCUGGGAUCGGCAUCCGGCAUAGGACUGUUGCCGAGAUCGGGAUCGAAAGAGGCGCUUUGUCGCGAUGCGUGCGUUGGUGGUGAUGGCGCUGAUGCGGGUCGCGGGGAGAGUAGACAGAAGAUUCCGAAACAGGCUGUGUGGAUGCAUGGUGCUGAGGGCGGCGGUGGUGGUGUGGUGCGAGCGCCGGUUCGUCGGUCUCUGUUUGCGCUUGCGGGCUCCGGUAGAUCUGUUAAGAGUGAUAAGGGUGGGGUUGGGGCUCGGGACCAGGGGGGCUCGGCUUUGGAGUUUGAGUCGGAUGCUUUGGAGCUCAUGCCUCAGUUGCAUAGGCAGUAUGGGCGCAGGGAUGAGGACGGUGUUGAGGAUCCGGAUAAGAUGGUUAUUCGCAAAGAAGUUGAGUACUCCGUUCGGUUUGAACGGGGGAGGGCGCGAAGGAAGUGUCGACUGAUGCGACGGCUUAUGUUUGAU